GGGUUUUGUUUUGCUUCUAUGAGAAACUAUCAAACCAGAAGCAAAACAUUUCAUUCAACGACAACGACUUGUUUUGGAAUACGUAAUUUCUUUUGACACGAAUGCAGCGUUUUAAGUGAAUCAUCACCAGUGAAAUGUUUGCAGCUUAUGCCGAGAAAGACAAGGAACAAAGUAAAUCAACGGAUGGUGCGGAAAAGAUCGUUAAUAAAGACAUCGAUUGGUUGUCAAACUCAAGUUUUCAAGUUGAAUCGGGACUUAUAUCCAAUGUCCAAGGUGCAAGUGGCUUAAGUAACCAGCCUGAGGUGCCCCCUUUCCAAACCUCAGAGGAGAAUGAUACAGAGCCUAGUUCUAGAGAAAGCGAUUCGGAGGAUGAAGUGCGCUCUCAUACACCCCGCACUCCACCCAGUGAUAGCCCAAAUGAAAGUGUGAAAGCUCCCCACACACCAUCAAGUGAUGGAGAACUCAGCCCUUGCACUCCUCCAGGCUCACCCAGCAAGUCCAGGAGCUCUUCGAGCUCGUCAUCAAUAGAGGAGGUCUACAGAAGAAGAUCCAAGUCUCGAAAAAGAAGUCGGAGUUGUAGUAGGUCUAGAAGUCCAUAUAAGAAGCGAUCAAGCAGUCGAAGGAGGAGUCAUGACAGAGACUAUGCUAAAAGAAGAAUAAGCAGAAGUAGGAGUAGAAGUAGGGAUAGGAGAAGAAGGCAUAAAAGCAGAAGUAGGAGUGUAAGUAGGGAUAGGAGAAGAAGGCAUAAAAGCAGAAGUAGAAGCCGAAGCAUUGAAAGAUCAAAAUCAAGAAGAGAAAAAUACAAUAAAGACUCUAAAUCUAGGAGAUCCUCUGAAAAAAGCAGAGAUACAAGUAAUUCAAAAUCGAAGUAUAGCAGAUUGGUAGAUAGUUCAACAGAGCAUCAUGAUAUAUUUUAUGAGGACAAAGCAAGGGCCUUUGGCAACUUAAAUGUUAUUACUCUAUCAAGACCAGCAGUUGCAUGGUAUCACAUUAGUAAAUUUGGCUUAGGGAUUCCUAAGCGUUUUUCAAUUCCAUCUAAAAAACAUACCCUUAAGCAUAGAUACUACAACAAAAUAUUAAAAGAGUUAAAAGCAGAUGUUUUAUCAUCCAAAGCAAGCAAAGAUAGCAAGGAAGAAAGACAAAUUGGACAAGUUCAAGGUAAUGUGAAUGAUGUGGAAGAAGAAAUUUCAAAAAUAACUGCUAAAUUUAAUCAAGAUUUAUCUGAAAAUCCAAACAAUAUCGAUACCUGGAAGAAUUAUGUUAAAUUUCAAGAUGUAGUUCAUCAAUUUGAAAGAGUCUAUAGGCGAGGUGGCGGUGCAACUGGUGCCCGUGUUACGGCUGAACGUAAGCUAUCCAUUUUAGACAAGGCUCUGAAGGAGAACCCUAUGUGUGAGGAACUUUUGAAAGAGCGCUGUCAGCUUGCUGAAUCAGUUCUUCCCAGUGACAAGUUAACAUCUCAAUUAAAAUCAUGGAUAGGAAAAGACCCUUGCAACAUCAUUCUCUGGGAGGCACUAAUCAUGGCCUCUCAAGGAUCCCUGUCAACAUGCAAAGUUCCAGCUGUGAAAUCUCUCUAUCAGGAAGCUCUAUCAAAUAUAAACAGUCAAAAAAGAGGAAAUGGCGACUCAGCUAAAACCAUUGAAGGCAAAAUAAUUGAAUUGGUCUUGCACCUUGGGCUCUUUCUAAGACAGGCUGGACUGCUAGAAUUAAUGUGGUCCCUCAUAAGUAUUUAUUUGGAAUUCAAUAUUGCAAAGCUAGAUCCAUCAAAGUUUCACAUUACCAAUACUGUUGCGGAUAAUGCCUUGACUGAACUUGAAGAAGCCAUUCUUGGAUCACAAUUGCCCCUGCCUACCUUAUGGUUGCGUGUCGAGACACUGCGUGCUGGUACACAUUGGGUGCCUCUUCCAUCUGACAGUGACAGUGAAGAUCCACAAAGACUUGUCUUUCCCGAAGAUGUCAAUGAUUUGAUUCAUCCCAUAAACUGCCCUCACUUGACGUUCCGUUUAGUGACAGUGACACUCUCACUGCUAAAGGUACCGAUUCUACCAUGGCGUGAAUGCGCAGCUACAGCUGCUGGAUUACAUCCACUUCCUUGGCUCCUGGAUGGGCCUGAACCGCUUUACUCAGCAUUAUUGCCCCUGGGCACAUUGGAGUUCAAAGAGACAAGUUCCCUUUUAUUAGAUGGAGCACAACUUGCUUGUGGACCACAAUAUUUAAUAGCUCGACCAGGCCAGGAUGAGUACAUAGAUUUCUUGACUCAAGUUUUCUCCAAUUGUUCUGACUGCUUACCUCCUCAUCAGAGAACGUUCCUCCAAGUUUGGUGGCUUAGAUUUUAUCGGUGGCUGAUGCAGUUGGAGCGCUUGGGCCAUUGCAAAUUGCCUCGAGGUCGAAAGAAAAAAAUGCGAGCUACAGCCAAGGACUUGCUCAGACAAAACAGUAAUAGGAGCAAUUUAUUGUUGUUUAAAGAAUUUGCGCUUCUUGAGUUAGAAAAUGGUGGUGUGAAAGAUGCACGUAAGGUUUUACAAGGUUCCAUUGCAGCCCUUCCAAGCAACAAACCUGUACCAGUUUCUACUGAUCGAGCCUAUAUCUGCGCCCUAUAUCGCACUUUAGUGGAAGUUAAUCUGUCUUUCACUCACACUCAGCAUCAGGAAGAUGGCCACUCUCUGAAUGAGUCUAGAUCAGAAGAUCGAACAAAAUCAUUGUGUCUACUUGUUUCUCUGGGAAAAGGAGCGCCUCUGAAAGAUGAAAAACCAACCAGUACGGAUAUUGCUACAGCCCUUUCCAAAUUUAACCACAUUACCAGAGAAACAUUAGAUCGGCCUUCAGAGGAGGAGCUAGACCCAUUCAUGGCUCCUGAUGUUUGUCAUGUUGCUUCAACAUUUUUGGUAGAAUGGACAGCUUGUCAUGGCUGGCUCCUCUUUCUAUCUCAUUCAAUUUGGAAAGCAGCUGCUAUGAUUGAGAAUGUACUGUCUGAAUUAAAAGUUGCCACUCCUGAAACAUCUGGUGGCAGCACUUCAUUUGUUCAUGACAACUUUGUUCAACUGCAACGAGAAGCAAUUCUAGAAACCUAUGUUUCACUGUUAAGACAUCACUGCCAUGAGAGUCGAGGAUCUUAUGCAGUUCUUCGCAAGACUAUACUCCGUGGCCUUAAAGAGUUUCCAAGUAAUCUCACAUUUUUAGCAGCGCUGGCUGAUUUGGAGAGUUGCAGCAGUGGAACUGGUUUGCCACUUUGGCGGUUGUCAAAGAUGUUCUAUGAUUUGAACUCUGCCCCUGCUUAUGUCCUCUUUGUGUUUGUAAUGAAGUAUCGAUUGAAGCAACAAGAAUCAGCUGCACAUGUUGCUCAUGGUGUCCUCAAUCAAGGUGGGCCAGAGCUACCUGACCCAAAUGUAAAAAAUCGCAUGUCAACUCUGCUGAAAAAACUUACCAAGCACCCAUUGAUGCGCCGCUGUCCUCUGUUGUGGCGUCUUAGAUUGCAAUUUGCUGCUGCUGUUCAUAGCAGUGAUGCUGAAUACUCGAGUACAUUUUACCUGGCAUUAGAAGAUUGUCCUUGGGUUAAGGCACUUUUCAUGGAUAUUGUUCAAGUCCUCCCUACUCAGCUGGAGCAAGUGCAGGACCUGUUGGUUGAGAAAGAGCUUCGUUUGCAUGUUACUCCUGAAGAGUUGGAAAUCCUUCGUGUUGAAUAGCAAAUGCUCAGAUAAUUUUGAACUUUUUAUUUCUUGAAAUAUUAUUAAAGAUAAUAAAAACCAAAUUUAAUAUUUUAGUGCAAAUAACACGCUGUCAACGGUAAAGAACUUCAUGGCAAAACUUUAAUAACAAUUAAAAUGGAAAUCCAUUUAUUA